CUCUAUGGUGCUCACAUAUAUCUUAGUAGGAACCUCUUCAAGGUAUAUAGCAGGGUAACUAACGACUUUACUUUGCAUUUUUUAUCAACUAGGCUGCGUUUGCCGCAUAUAGAGAGGCCUCCUUAACACCCUUGCUGCUUUUGAGAUAGAAAUACGCUUGCAUGUCGUUAGUUAUAGGAGGUCUUCGCAGCCGAUGGUCGGCGCUGAUAGGAUUGCCACUGCGUGCCCCGCUGCCGCCAGCUGGGGCAAAGAAAGGCUCGAAAGAUAAAGGUCCCCGCAAGGUUGGCGAGCUGUCAUGUGAGGUGGUCACCGGAUGCGGGCUGAUGAAGAACGAGGCGGACCCGCCCAUCAAGCCUGACAGCGAGUACCCGGAAUGGCUCUUCAAGCUGCUUGAACCCAGGCCGACCAUCAAGGAGCUCGAGAAGGCGUACCAGGAGGGCGGCCUAACCAUUCCGGAGCUACGUCGACUGUGGCGGCUGAAGAACAAGGCGCGCAUCAAGGAGUCCAACUUCCUGAAGGCCAAGUGAUGAGGGGUGGACAGGCGAUGAUGAUGAUGAUGAUGAGGAGGAGGAGGAGGUUGUCGCUCUGCAUUGUGCAUCAAUAGCGCUAGGAGGCAUGGAGGAGGGGCCCUGGCGGUUGCAAUUGGAGGCGGGCGUGAGGGGGGAUUUAAGGGGAGGGAAGGGAUUGUGUGAUGGGUGUUUCGGUGGUGGACGGGCAGAUGGAUGGCUGGCCUAGCAGGGAGUAUAGCUUGGGGCCGUGAGACCGCAACCGGACUACGUACAUGGUGCUAACACGUGAAGGAGCUGGCUUAAAAGGGCUUCUAUUAUUCGAAUCCGUAUCUCCGUGUAUGGGAGCCUAGGCUUUAGGUGCUACGCGUGCUGUGGACAAGCGCUUGCUUGGUGGUCGUGGGUUCACGAGGAGCGGACGUUGCGGUCGCUUUUAGCCUACGAAGCGUUGGAAGACUGCGGCCCGUUCCUGCGGUGCCUGGGUUGGUGCCUGCAUGGGCGUAUGGCAGCGGGGCUGAGGGGCUUGCAGCCGGACUGUCACGUGCGUCUCAUGUUUCAGGUCGGCAAACAGGAUCAUGUGCGUCUGCCUUUACGCUAUGGGCUAUGUCCCCGGAAGUACGGACUCGAGCGCCGGGAAUGUCGGGAGGCGAGCACCUGCCUUGUACGACAGUUGGUUUGGUGAGGCAAGUAGUGAUAAGCGAGCGUUGGAUUCUGUAGUACGCAAGGCCGCCUGCUCCGGAAUCCCGUUAUGGUCAGCUGGGUUAGGCUCGGGCCCGCGAACCAUACACAGCUGAACUGCAUGCGUGCGUAGGAGGUGACCUUACCAACCUCGCGACUGUAAUCCACUCUAAAGUGGC